AUCGUCUAUAUUUAAAGCUUUUGUUGAAAGAUACAAACCAAAUGACAUCUCUGAAUGGGUUCGAGAAAACUGUGAUAAAAUAAAACCACGUCCAAAAGGCAUGUCAUGCGAAGAUGUAAUGCAGGAUUUAAAAACAGAUUUCUUAAAUCCAUUGCCACCGACACAAAUUCAAGCUGAAAUACUACCUCGAUAUAUGCAUCUAAAUCGAGAAACAGCUUACAACAGAGGAGGAGAACUGUACUAUCCAAACUAUUAUCCCACAGCUUAUAUCACCAAUAUGGGUCCCGUUCAAGACAACAUAUUCCAGCACCAAGACGACUGGAUAUGGACUAAAGGAGGACAGUACAUAAACAACAGGGCUGACAAUAUUAUCAACAGAGGAUUGGAACAGACUAUUGUUCCAACAUGUGUCCAUGACUUGAUGCUUUGUAUCCGGAUGUUGACGCUCGCACAACGAUACGCUAAUGCAGCGCGAGGAAUAAUUACGCGAUAA